AGAGAAUGGGAGGGAGGGGAUGAGCAGAGAGAGCUCACUUUCUUCGUCUUCAUCUUGGCAGCCUGAGAGGUGGAGCCGGUCCCUUCUGUAAAGUGAGGAAGGCGAGCUCGGAGAUAGCAUCUCGUAUUCGUAGAAAGGGUGUGAGCUUGAGCUUGGUUCAGUUGGGUGGGUAGGCCAAGGCACACAAGUUGGACAUGACCUCUAAAGAGUCCAGGUGGCUGGUGGUCAGUUGAGUGCUACAGUCAAGUGGGAAUUGAGUUCACCCAAUUCGCUUUAGAGAGUUGGGUAUGAAUUUUUUACGCAAGUGUGACUUUUGGGUUUUCAAGAGUGACUUUUGGGUAUUCAAGAGUGAGGAGCUAAUUUGACUAUGUUCUAAGGGAUUUAGAGAUAAGGAUGUUAACAGUCAAGGUGUUUUGGAGAAGAACAUCUUGAGUUUCGAAGACCAAUUGAAGAGUUUGCCGUAGAGUUUUCUUUAGUCAACUCUUUAGUUCAGUUGGGAGUAGUUCUUGGAGGUGUUAUCGGUAAAGAGUUCAGUCAGCUGCCAUCGACUGGGAGUUGGACUAGGUGUGAGCUCCUGGGAAUACGGUGGGUGUGAGCUGUGUGUUCAGUGACAGUGAACUGUGCCUCAGCCGCUCGCUACGCAGCCACAUCAAAAGCUGCAACUUGCCCUCUCUGCCGUCUUGGGUGGGGAGGGGUGGAGAGAGGUCCAGCAGAGCAACCCAAGCUCCCGGCUUUACAAGGAUGGUGGUAGGAAAUGCCUGGAGACAGGGAGCAGGAGAUCUGUAUGAAAGCGCUCACACUGGUGGCAGACCUGUGCUAUAGUGGCAUUGUGGAGAACGAGAACUGCCUGGAUUUCAUCUACUACCAGAGAGAACGGAGCCGACCUCGCUACACUGAAACAGAUGUUUCGGUGAGUUUGCUGUCCCUUUUGGUCACAGCCUGUGGACUUGCCCUCUUUGGAGUUUCCUUGUUUGUCUCAUGGAAGCUUUGCUGGAUCCCCUGGCGAGAACGUGGCCUGAAAGGGAGCAAAGAACAUGAGCACCUGAAUUAUACAGACAGCGACACAAAUGAGCAUGACUACAGCGACAACUAUUUGGGGCAGCCGCCUCUUUUCCCGGAAUCAUCAAUGAAGAUCAGCCACACCUCCCCCGACAUCCCGCUGGAGGCCAAGAGUGGCAACAAGGAAAACUGUGUUCACAAUGUUCGGAUGCAUCGGCAAAUCACUGAGCCAACCUCCUCUGCUCGACAUAAUUCGAUCAGAAGACAGUUGAACCUUUCAAACCCCGACUUCAACAUCCAGCAGUUUCAGAAGCAGGAUCAGCUGACUGGAAUUGGGCGAAUCAAGCCUGAGCUGUAUAAACAGAGGUCUGUAGAGACAGACGAUAGUCGAAGGAACAAUACCCAAUCUUGUGGGAAGCUCAACUUCAUCAUUAAAUAUGAUUGUGACUUGGAAAAACUUAUAGUAAAGAUUCACAAGGCGGUUGGCCUACCAGCCAAAGACUUCUCCGGGACAUCAGACCCUUAUGUCAAGAUUUAUUUACUUCCGGAUCGGAAGACUAAACACCAGACUAAGGUGCACCGGAAGACUCUGAAUCCCGUGUUUGAUGAAGUUUUUCUAUUUCCUGUUCCUUAUAAUGAGUUGCCCAGUAGGAAACUCCACUUCUCUGUCUAUGAUUUCGAUCGUUUCUCAAGACACGACGUCAUUGGCCAGAUCAUAGUGGAUAAUUUUUUAGACUUGGCGGAUUUUCCUAGGGAAAGUAACAUCUGGAGGGACAUUGAACACGUCACUAAUGAUAAUGUUGACCUUGGAGAUUUAAUGUUCUCGCUGUGCUACCUCCCUACUGCGGGAAGACUUACCAUCACCAUCAUAAAGGCAAGAAACCUCAAGGCCAUGGAUAUCACAGGGGCAUCCGAUCCUUAUGUGAAGGUGUCAAUAAUGUGUGAGGGGAGGAGACUGAAGAAAAGGAAAACAUCAACGAAGAGGAACACAUUAAACCCCGUGUAUAAUGAAGCCAUCGUGUUUGACGUGCCGCCAGAGAAUAUUGAUCAGAUCAGUUUGUUAAUAGCAGUGAUGGAUUAUGACCGUGUAGGUCACAAUGAGGUCAUCGGCGUAUGUCAAGUUGGCAACGAUGCAGAGAGCCUAGGCCGGGAACACUGGAACGAAAUGCUGUCGUAUCCCAGGAAGCCCAUCGCCCACUGGCACCCACUUGUAGAGUGGUCUGCUCAAAAUGCAGCAACUGGAAAUGGAUCUUGCAAUUCACUGAAGGGUCCACCAUCUCCGUGAAAGAUGCCAUCGGAAGGCACAGUUUGAGAUAAAAGCUUCCAGAUGGAGCAACGCGUGAGCGCUGGCUUUUCAAGCUGUUUGCGUUUUCGUCACUCCAGAGAGGAAGAGUUGUCCGGAUGCUACAAGAUAUAACUUGGGAUUGUUCAUGAAAGUCAUUGCACAGGAAAUCAAGGGUGUAACCCAUAACAGCCCAUCACAUCUCCUUUUCUUAGCUGUGUUUCAUUCCAAAGGGGUUAUUAAAUCUUACAGGUUUCCUGCCUGUGCACUGGUUUUCAUUAUGAGGUCCGUCCACUCCAAACUGAAAUUUCAAUUGUGGAGAAAUAUGGAUGGCAGGUUGACUGACCUUCAAGCUUUUAAUAUCUCUAGGGAACUCCAGCAGCAAAAUAUAUGACCCUGGGCCACCCGCCGGCUGUGGCCAGUAUAAGGUGUCUCACCAUGCCUGUAGACAUUUUUACAUCAGAGAGCAAACAUUCUGGCUAAAGUUGGAAAAAAAAGAUUUUGAAGCUGGAGUCUCCAUGAGAUACAAAAAGCAAGUGGGAUAUUCAGCCCACCACUAUCCUCCCGAAACGUCAUUAUUAUUUUUGGUGGACUGUCCAUUUAACAUCCCAAGACAUGUUUUUGUUACUUUGUUUCAAUUCCUCCCAAGUUUUUCCUUUUUUGGCUCAUGAUGACAUCACUAGUUUUGAAAUGUUUUUCAAUGGCAUGCUGCUUAGAUCCACAUAUAUUUCCUGAUCACAUCAUUCUGAAUGGGCUGUGUUGGUUUGGUCUAAUAUUGGUUCAUGCUCCAUUUCUGAUUACCUUAUCUUCUUCACGUUCUCCUUUUUAUAUGUUCUGUUCUGUUUGAUAUUAAGUCCUUCUGAUGUCAUUCAUGGUCCUACAUCCCCUUGACUGCUUGUAGAGGUGAACUUGCACAGUGCAGAUAUCCUGGCAGCAUCAUCAAUGAGCUGUGGUUGGUCAGCUAGGGUUGGUUUAGGGGUCUGGACCACAGGGGCCGGCAGACCUAGGCCCUCCACCUGUUGUGGAAUCACAAGUUCAUCACGCCUGGGAUUAACAGUUAUGACUGUUAGUGCCCUGCAAUGCCUCAUGGGACUUGUAGGUGCCGAAACAGCUGGAGCACCAAAGUUCGCCUACCCCUGGUCUUAGGGUCCUUUCACACGUGCGGACUGUUUUUUACAUCAUUUUUUUAUCAUCAGUUGAUAAUUUUUUUCAUC